ACAAAUGAAAUUCAUGUGGCGAACACUUUUACUCACUGCGGUUCUCUUUAUUUCCAUCACAUCGGCAUGCAACAAAAAUGGAGAAGGAUGUUUGUUAAUGCGUAACGUGCUUCGAGAUCCACUGCGUCUCUCAACUUGGAAAGUUUCAUCACUAAAUAGGGCAAUCAAUCAACUUCAAGCAUACCAACAGCUUUUCCAUGAAGACAAACGAUCGUCGGACUACGGUCCAUUGUCAGAAAUGAUAAGACGCCGUCGACGGUGAUGAUGGCAAUUGAGAAAUAAUGCGAACCAAUUGUCUACUCUUGGGUCCUCAUCUUUUGAGCAUCACUAUAUAUUUAUACCAUCAUCUACUUUUCCAUUCUUCUUUUCUUCAAAAUCAUCACAUUUUUUUCGAAAAAUAAUUAAUCCUCCCCUCUUCACUCUCAGUUUGAUGUCAAUUUACGAUGAUAGUCCCAAAAAUCCUCCGUUUUUUUCUUAAUUAAAUAUGUUU